AUGCCAAGACAAAAAGUUGUGUAUGGAGCAGAUAGCCUAACUCGAGUUCUAUACCCCGUUGCGAUUUGUAUGCUAAUAGUUAUUGCAAAUGUUCUAAUAAUCAAGGAAGAAGAAGGGGAGGCGAAAAUGUGAGUUUUUCAUGAUUUUUAGAGGAGAAAAAUGGGACUUUUUUGCAGAAUUAUUGGAUUGUUCAAAUCCUACGAUGCUCAAGAAUCUCCACUAAUGGCGAUUAUUGUUUUCGGAUUUAUAACAGUUGCAACGUGGCUAGGAGUUAUGUGCUAUAAAUUCAAGCUCUAUACGGUGAGAGAUUUAUUGAGGAGAUAGAUUUUGAAUCGCUGAUCAGUAUUCUGUUGUCAAAAAUUAGUCAAAAUCCUCAAUUUCCAGGCAAUUCGAAUUUAUUUGAUGCUCAACACAGCCAUGACAUUCUACGUCUUCGCAUUUUUACAAAUUCGCCGAAUCUUCGAAUCUCUAUCAAUUCCAAUCUCAAAAAUCACAAUAUUUUUCGUUUUAUUCAAUUUUGCGAGUCUUGGAAUGUUCGUAGUUCAUUGGAAAUCAUCGAUUCGACUCAAUCAAUUUUAUUUGAUUACAAUGGCGGCGUUAACGAGUUUAUUUAUUUUGUAUAAUUUGCCGGAUUGGACUGUUUGGCUUGUUUUGGUUGCCAUGUCACUUUGGGAUUUGUUUGCGGUUUUGGCGCCGUGUGUAAGGGAUUUUGGGAUUAAAAAUUGUGAGGAAAUGCGUUCCUCGCGGUUUCAAAUACACUAGGUUAAACUAUUAGUUUAUGAAAGGUUAAAUAAAGCAAUAAUGAAUACAAGUUAAGGUAAAUUACAUAUAGAUUACAAGUUAAGUUAAGUAUAAACCAUAUAAGAGGUGGUCAUCAAGGACCAUGGUUAAAACUAGAACAUCCUUAAAACUCCUAAAAAAAACUCUCUUAGGGCGAAGCUUUGACUCCUUAAAUACUGCUCGUCUGGACCCUCAAGGGUGGAGCCUAUACUUAUUGGUAGAUUAUUGUAGAGGCGUGGACCACGGCUCCACAAAAUUUUGAAAAAUUAACAUUGCUCAUGUUAGAAAAGUCUCGUUAUUCAUCCCAUAAAAAAUCACUAUUAUUCUUUGAAAUUCUAGAAACUUACUUGAAAUUUCAUCAAUUUUUCCUUGAAUUUCUGAAGAAAGCAUUUUUCUUAAAAUUUAAAAAUGAUUUUUGAAAAUUCAAAAUUUUAUCGUACUAAAUGAGGAGGUCACGUUUGCCCCGUUUUUUCUAAUAAGUUUUUUUUUUCAAAGUUUAUUCAUUUUACAGGAAUUGUUAGCUAUGACGUGGCAAAAAUGUGUAUUUUUUAGUUGUACAAAGAGUUGUGAAAUCCGUGAAAAUUCUCUACAAAAAACUAUACACAAUUUUUUAAACAGUAACUUUUUCCGAAAUUAAAAAUAUAGGAAAUUUGAUUUCAAAAAUUCCGUUUUUUCCAGGGCCCUCUUCAAAUGUUGAUAAAAACAGCUCGUCGACGUGGCGAUUCGAAAUUUCCAGCAAUUUUGUAUUCUACAAUGGCUGAAAUUGAAAUUGAGGAACUUGAAAUGACUGAUCGAACUGAUAGAAGUUCGCAACCUUUGUUGAAUCGUGGGUUUAUAGUUUCAGCCAAGGGGCUGAAAAAUUUGUAUUUUUUCAGAAUCUGAGGUUUCGGACACGUCUAGAAAUGCAGCUACAACUUCAAGAAGUGAGUUUUUUAGUGGGAAGUUUGUCAAAAGCUCGAAAAUAUUAUCUGAAAAUUUUCUUGAUUUUAUUUUAUUUUUUAAUUUUUAAACAGCAAAAAAAUUUUAGUCAAAAAUAAGAAAUUGAGAAAUUAAUUUGUUUGGUAAGAAAUAUGAUAUUUUUGAAACAGUGAAAUAUUUUCAAAAAUUUUUUUCUAUAAAAAGUUUCCGCCUUUAAAUUUUAAAUUAAUAAAUUCAAAUCUAGUUUUUUGGCGCCAAAAUGUUUGAAUUUUCGAAUUUCCCUUCCAAAAUUCUCCAUGUUUUCAAGGACCAACCCAAGUCGAAGAAAUUCGCGGAACAAUUCGUCUAGGCCUCGGCGACUUCGUUUUCUAUUCUCUAAUGAUCGCAAACGUUGUUCAAACCUCAAAUUAUCUCACAACAAUCUCAUGUUUUAUUUCGAAUUUGGCCGGACUUGCAAUAACUCUUCCAAUCGUCUCAUUUGCUCAAAAACCACUUCCAGCUCUGCCUUUUCCUUUGUUUUUUGCCGCGUUUUUCUAUUUCUUUUCACAUAUCGCAAUUACACCAUUCACUCAAUUUUUUGCAAGGAAUUUGAUCAUUUUUUGA